GAUUGGCUAUGUCACCUCUGAGCAGUAACUCCCUCUUCUUGGACUAUCAUCGCAACCCCUUUCCCAUGUUCUUCCAGCGUGGCCUAAAUGUCUCGCUCUCAACUGAUGAUCCUUUGCAAAUCCAUUUAACAAAAGAACCGCUCGUGGAAGAAUAUAGUGUUGCUGCAAAGGUCUGGAAGCUCAGUGCUUGUGACCCCUGCAAGAUAGCUAGAAAUUCUGUUUAUCAAUCUGGAUUUUCACAUGCCACAAAGUUGCACUGGCUUGGUGAUAAAUAUUUCAUGAGAGGCCCUGAAGGAAAUGAUAUUCGCAAAACAAAUGUACCCAAUUUACGGAUUGCAUUUCGACAUGAGACAUGGAAGGAAGAGAUGCAGUAUGUCUACUCGGGAAAGGGCAGGUUCCCUGAAGAAAUAGAGCUGUGAAGCAAACAAUAUAGAAUUCCUUCUUCCCUGUGAGUCUAAUGCUAAUGAAAUGUGGUGUUUAAUUGGGGUUGAUAUCAAUAUUCACGUUCGGCUUAUGUCUGCCUAAUUCCAUGUCAUUUCAUAAGUGAAUCUUCUUAUUAGGUCAAUAUUGUAAUGUUCUAUCAAUCUGAAUACCUGCUUAGCCAAUUUUGUCCAAGCCGAGUGCGGAUUUUAGUUUGUACAGGUAGAUGGCUGUUUUGGAUCUGAAUUGUAGGCCUUCUUGCCUUGCUUUUGGCAUGAUCUUUGGAAUAUGACUUCAUUUUGCACUAUCUAUUGUUUAAA